AUGUCCGCGUCUCCGCCGCGCGUCCUCAUCAUCGGCGCCGGCUCGCGCGGCCGCGUCUACGGCCGCUGCACCCUGGAGUCCAGCAACGGCGUCGUCGCCUGCGUCUGCGAGCCCGACGCGUACAAGCGGCGCGAGUACCUCCGCACCUUCGUCCACCCGGGCCCCGGCCCGGCGCCCGAGGGCUCCAGCUUCGCCGACUGGCACGACUUCGUCGCGUGGGAGGCGGGCCGGCGCCGCCGCGCCGCCGCCGGCGAGCCCGUCCCCGAGGGCGUCGACGCCGCCUUCGUCUGCGUCCGCGACGAGAUGCACCACGACGUGGUCCUCGCGCUCGCCCCGCUCGGCCUGCACAUCCUGUGCGAGAAGCCGCUCGCCACCACGCUCGACGACUGCGUGCGCAUGUACCGCGCCCUCGCCCCGCUGCAGGCCACCCGCGUCUUCUCCGUCGGCCACGUGCUGCGCUACUCGCCCCACAACAUCGCCCUGCGCAAGCUGCUGCUCGAGGACCGCGCCGUCGGCGACAUCCUCAGCGUCGUGCACACCGAGCCCGUCGGCUUCUGGCACUUCGCGCACUCCUACGUCCGCGGCAACUGGCGCCGCGAGUCCACCACCGCGCCCUCGCUGCUGACCAAGAGCUGCCACGACAUCGACCUCCUGCUGUGGCUGCUCUGCUCGCCGCCCGAGUCCCCCGGCGCCGCCGCCGCCGCCGCCGCCGCCGAGCCCCCGCACCUGCCCGCCGAGGUCGCCUCCUCCGGGUCGCUCCAGUUCUUCCGCCGCGCCCGCAAGCCCCGCGCCGCCGGCGCCGCCACCAACUGCCUGCGCUGCGCCGCCGAGCCCGACUGCCUGUACUCGAGCCGGCGCGUGUACGAGAGCGCGCGCCACGAGGGGCUCGAGACCGGCAACACGCGCUGGCCGCUGAGCGUGGUGCUGCCGGACAUCGAGAGCUUCGGCGGCGACGUCGAGCGCGCGCGCGCGGCGCUGCUGGCCCGGCUCGCCGAGGACUACGGGCCGGACACGCCGCAGGCCGAGAUCGACGCGCGCAACUGGUUCGGGCGGUGCGUGUUCGAGAGCGACAACGACGUGUGCGACGAGCAGGUGGUGACGAUCCGGUGGGAGGACGACCCGCUACCGGGCGGCGCCGGCGCCGGCAACGAAGGCGGCGGCGGCGGCGACGCGCUCGGCCGCCGCGGCGCCAAGCAGGCCACCUUCCACAUGGUGGCGCAGACGAAGCGCCAGUGCCACCGCUUCACGCACGUGUACGGGACGCGCGGCGAGGUGUACGCGGACUCGCGGACGAUCGCGGUCGAGGACUUCGCCUCGGGCGCGCGCCGCGAGCUCCGCCCCAAGCUCGAGUCGCUCGGCCACGGCGGCGGCGACCACGGCCUCACCCGCCAGUUCGUCCUCGCCGUCGACCGCGUCAAGAACCACGCCUGGCCCGCCCCCCGCGCCCAGCGCGAGCUCGUCGGCUGCUCCCUCGAGGACGUCGUCCGCAGCCACGCCCUCGUCUUCGCCGCCGAGGAGGCCCGCCGCCGCCGCUGCGCCGUCGACUGGCCCGACUGGUGGCGCCGCAACGUCGGCAGCGUCGUCGACGCGGCGGCGGAGGCCGGCCCGCCGGCCGCCGCCUAA